AAUCACUAUCUCUCUCUCUCUCACCCAAAUUUAUAUUUGUUAUUUUCCAACUUUAUAACUUAUAAUUAUAAUAUAAAUCCAUCUUCAAUAUGCGAUUUCUUAUCUUUUACAUAUUGCCUGCUGUCCUGGCCAGGUCAUCCCACCUCCUGCGCGCUACCGCGGAACUCGAAGGUUCAGUUCAAGGGACUCUAGUCUUAGAGCAGUCCGAAGACGGAACUCUGAUGAUUGAGGGCCAAUUGAGCAAUAUCCCGCUUGGAGCCCAUGGAAUACAUAUUCAUGAGUUUGGAAAAACAGGCAAUGGAUGUCUUGACGCAGGUGGUCACUACAAUCCAACCAACCAGACCCACGGAGCACCCAAUGAUACAGUGCGCCACGUUGGUGACUUUGGAAAUAUUAACGUUACUAGUGACCCGUAUUUGCUUAGUCUAACGGAUCAUGUUGCUAAGCUUGAUGGUCCGUACUCUGUGAUGGAUAGAUCGAUAGUUAUUCACGCAGGUAAAGACGAUCUGGGUAGAGGAGGCAACGAAAGUUCAAAAACAAAUGGUAAUUCAGGGGCCCGCUUGGCUUGCGCCGUUAUCAAGGCAGCCUAGACGCCCGCAACCGACACCGCAGAGGCCGCUACUAUAUCCUCAAGUCAAUGUCCGCGUUCAGGUUGAGGAGAUGGCAUUUUUGCCAUUGGAGUCAGAGGCCAAUUCAGCGUCCACUUGCCCCCUUAUGUUUUGUAUGGCGAAUUGGAUGAAUACAGAACACUCGCGUUGUAAUAUGCCAAUACAACAAUGUAGGAUUUUAGGCUAAGAGAUACCCUUAAUGUUGAGUUAGAAAAGCAGCAAAGGGGAUACAUAGAUGAGAAAUUGAAGGGUUAGG